AUGUUACAUUGUUGGCAAAGUUUAGCAAAGAUUUUAAAAGAUCCAGAAUUAACCAAAGAUAUUAUUGUUGAUGUUGGUACGCCAGUAUUACAUAAAGAUGUUAGAUACAAUUGUAGAUUUAUUUUGUUGAAUCAAAAGAUUUAUUUAAUCCAACCAAAGAAAGCAAUGGCCAACGAUGUUUGCAUAGUUAAAAUUUUCGGUGGUAUCAACGCCAGUUGCGUUUACAAUGGUUUAGACUAUACUCCAUUAAGCUUUGCUUCAUUUAACUACAACACUGGUCACUACAAAUACUACUAUGCUAUCUGUAAUUCUGCUCUCGGUUGCCCAUCAGGUAGUGCUGGUUGUCAAAUUGAUGAAAGCUUUUCAAAUUUCGAAAACUCCCUUGGUUCUGUUAGCUCUGGUACCUUCUCAACCAAAAAUGGUAAUACAGUUCUCUCAUAUCAAGAUUCUGCUGCUACUUGUGGUAGUCCAUUAAAAAAGAGAAUUUUAAAUAUUGAAUUAGUUCCAUCAUCCGUUAGACUACCAAAUGGCUUCGUUGAAUCUGAAGUCACUCAAUCCUCAAGCUGUGUUUAUGAUGUUACUGUUACUUAUGACCCUUCAAUGGUUAAACCCGCUUGUUAA